UUUAGUUUCCAAAAUAAUAUUUUUUCUUCAUAAAUAAAACUAUUUCCUGAAGAAAAAUAACAAUUUUAAACAUUUAAGAUGACCGAAAAAUCAGGAUCUCCAUACGAUAUGGACAGUACAAACUUCGAGUCUGAUCGUUAUUUGGAAAAACUUCUCAAAGAAUGUACCCUAAAACAAAUUAUGGACACGGAAGCUGUUGUCGUCAAAGACACCCAGACUCUUCAUAGCGACAUGCAAACCUUAGUCUAUGAAAAUUACAACAAAUUCAUAUCGGCUACGGAUACAAUAAGAAAAAUGAAGAACGACUUCAAACAAAUGGAAACCGAUAUGAAUUUGUUAAAGACCAAAAUGCAAACUAUCACCACGUUCAGUGACAAAAUAACAGGUACCCUCCAAGGCACCAGAUCACAGCUGUGUAAACUCUCUGAAAAACACUCGCUUCUCAAACGUUUGCAAUUUCUCUCAUCACUGCCGGGCAAACUAAAGGCUCUGAUUGACGAGGAAAACUACAAUCAAGCUGUCCAAGACUAUAUUCAUGCCAAAAAAGUAUUCCAGCAAUAUGGUAAUCAGCCAUCGUUUGAUGGCAUUCAAAAGGAUUGUGAGAGUAUUAUUGAAGACUUGAAAGAGAAACUGCGUAGCGACUUCCAAUUGGCAGGGAACACGGCACAGUCCCUGACUGAAAUUGGAGAGUUGAUGUUGCAGUUGGAUGAAAAGCCUGCUGAUCUAGCUAGUGAUAUGUUGCAAUGCGCCUCGAAAAGAUUACACGAACAAAUUGUUAUGCUUCAGGAUCAAAAUGAACGGGAUAUGAUCGAAUUUGUAGACAUGGGCAUUGAGGGUUUCCUUAGCGAUUUAACGUUGGUAGUCACUUCAUAUUUUGAUAUGUUUCUUGCCAAACCAUAUGAAUCAGAAAGAGACGACUUUCAAGAGAACUCCAUGCGUGAACUUAACGAUUUCCUCAACCGUAACAUAGAUAAAUACCUGAGUUUGAUUCAGGAUCGUGUUGAGUCUGAAAUUGGAUUCGGCGAUACACACAUAAUGCUAAGGGGCUUAGAUCGUCUUCAUAGACGUUUGAUGGCAAUGCGCAACAUGUGUCGGGGAAUCGAAAUUCAACGCAACGCCCUGGAGAUUAUAAUUGGUGGGGCACACCAAUUGUGCGAUGUUCAUACGAAGAAUUUAAAGGAUCACUUCUCUGACAGCCUUAGUUCCGUAAGAUUGUCACUGGUAUCAGCAAAAAGUGAAAGUGGAACAACAAAUUUGAAUGAUUUAAUCACGAAUCUUUACGUGUCCACGGUUGAGAAGGUCAAAGGAGUUCUGCAGGAUCUAUUGGUUUUCCUUCAAACCGAGUGGUCUUUUAACAUCAAAACCGAAUACAAGGGAACAUUGUGUGUCGAAGGAAUUCGCGAAAACUUAUUAAUUGGUUUCUUGAGACAUGUUGCGAGGGUCAUGUCAUCUUUUGCUGAUACAUCUACUUCUAGUCCUCCAAAUCUUUUACUUGUCUUGUCAAAAACUUGUCUAGAAAUGGAACAAAACGGAGUUCAUGUUUUGAUUUCCCUGGGUGACGAUCUUUAUGAAAUCGACUCCGAAAACAGUGCAACUUUAACACAUGAAACUGAAAUUUGUAGUGAGAUGAGGGAGACUGCUCAGACUCUUCUCGAUGCCUAUGUUCGUCUUCAAGGCACAAAUAUAUCACAGAUGUUGCGAAAAAGUGUCGAAACUAGAGAUUGGCUCAAUUGCCUUGAACCUCGUUCAGUUCGUGCUGUGAUGAAACGAGUUGUCGAAGAAUUGUCGAGUAUUGAAAAUGUUGUUGCAAAUUUAUACGAACCUGGUUCUAGGACUGCAGCUAGCAGUGAUUCAAGUCGAAAAACUCACUUCAGCAACGUAACGCAAUCCAAGCAACAAUAUCGAUCCAAUUGGUCCAAUUACACUCCAUCGCAAUUGGAAUCGAGUUAUGUCUCUAAUAUUCAUCGUCUGUUUUCGGAACGAAUUGAUAUCUUUACAUCUGUUGAGUUCUCCAAGGUUUCCAUAAUAACUGGAAUCAUUAAAAUAGGAUUAAAGACUUUGCUGGAAUGCGUUCGAUUGCGAACAUUUAGCAAAUUUGGAUUGCAGCAAAUUCAAGUUGACACUCAUUAUUUGCAAAUGAAUCUCUGGCGUUUUGUUACCGAUGAAAAUCUUGUGAACUUUCUGUUGGAUGAAAUUUUGGGCUCAGCUGUCCAUCGGUGUUUGGAAUCGAUUCUAAUGGAACCAAAUGCUGUUGAAAUAAUCUGUGAACGUGCUUAAUGGAAAAUUAAACAUAAUAACAUCUAA